UUUUCAUUCUCAACACAUAAAAAAUAACAAAAAAAAAAAUUUUUUUUUUUUUUUACUUUUGCUCCAAAAAAUGAAGAAAUCAAGUAUUUUUGUAGCUUCCAUAACUGCAGCUUCUUCUGCUGUUGCUAUUUCUUCUUCAAAUUCUUCAUCCAAAGUUCGAAUUUCUCAUCAUCAGGAUGAAAGUUCAAUGAAGAAGAAGAAGAAUGAAGAAAAUUCAUUGAAGAAAAAUGGAGAAUCAAAAUCUUCUUCAGACAAAUUUGCACCAAAAUUUGAUGGAUUGAGAUUUAUUGAGACUUUGGUUACAGCUCACAGAUAAGCUAACAAGAGGGGAAAAAAGGAAUUUUUUGACAGAUUUAUUAGUGAAAAUAUUAUCUGAGGAAAAAAUGGAAUAUAUGAAGGUGAAUUGUAUGAUAUUAAUUUUGUUUAUGGGUUUUAUUUUUGCUUAAUUGGUGUUUAAUUAGGCAAUUUGAUGACUGUUUUUUUUUUAAUUUUAGUUUAUGAGUACUAUGAAUGAAUGAAGAGAUUGAAGGAACAAAGAGGGAUUUUGCUUUACUUAUUUGUUGUAUGAAAUUGAUUGGUGGGAUUAUAAUUUUUUUUUCCAUUUAUCAGAAAAAUAUUUGAUUUGA